AUGGAUUCAAACGCCAAUCACAACAACAAUCAUAAUAGCGAUGAAAAGGGCGACCAAACCGACGGCCAGACCAUCGAUGGCCACACUUUGGCUCAUUUGAUAAGCAAUCCGCACAACGAGACCAUCGCUGCCGGACGUAAACAAUCAAAAGGUGCCGCACCGGCGAUGAACGGCUCGACAACAACCACAACAGUGGCUGCCGAUGAUCACCCGUUGAGCGCGCUAUCAGUGCCACAGCAGACACAGGCCGUCGAGUCA